UAAAUUUAGAGCCGUGCUGUCACUGCACCGUACUGUCUCGUAAAUCCGGGGGAUUUUUAGAGGAAUUUUAGUGGAGUCCUGUAACUCUACAAGUUUUUAAUAUUUCCAUUCCAAAUUCCUGUCUUAAAUAAUGAUACAUUUGUUAGAUUUAACGCUCAUAUUGCAAGCACAGUCGUGUGGACGAGAACAGUAGCGAUUUGUUUUCACAUCACACUUCUGACUACGGUCAUCACACAGCACGUCUACGGGAAAGCGUAGGCGCGACCACCCAGCGUUCUACGUGGUUCGUGCUCCAUCGUAGGUUGUACCUCAUUAACAGUUACACUUACAACUAUAACACGUUGUCAUUAUUUCGAAGCUGCCUAAUAAUAAACUGCUGAGUACUGCAGGCCUACAUCGUUUUCUCAUACGCGUUAUUUUCGAAGGAGAGAAGCAUCAUGUCACUUGAAGAUCCAUUCUUUGUUGUGAAAGAGGAAGUGGAGAAGGCUGUGAACACAUCAGAGGGACUCUACCAGAGAUGGACUCAGCUCCUAGAAGACACAAACAGUGUGAGCAAGGAGGAGUAUGACUGGACCAUGAACGAACUCAGGAAUAGUCUUAGGAGUAUUGAAUGGGAUGUGGAAGAUCUAGAGGAAACCAUUAGCAUUGUUGAAGCCAAUCCAAGAAAGUUCAGGAUAGAGCCCAGUGAUUUGGACACGAGGAGACUCUUUGUCACAAGGACCAAAGAUAGAGUCCGAGAGAUGAAAGAGCAUAUGAGUAGUCCAGGGACCAAGACGAGAGAAGACAAGAAAUCAAGACAGUCUCUGUUACCCAACGGCCCAGGACGACCAAAGCACAAGUACAGUCGGCUAGAGCAGGAGGCUGAAGAUGAGAACCAACGCUUCAUCAGAGAUAGCAACCAGCAACAACAGCUAAUAAUGGAAUCACAAGAUGAUCAAAUAGACAGAGUAGCAGACAGUGUGGGUGUGCUGAAGAACAUGAGUCACUCGAUAGGGAACGAGCUUGAUGAACAAGCAGUGAUGUUAGAUGACUUCUCUACGGAGCUGGAGAACACGGAAUCAAGGUUAGACGGCGUCAUGAAGAAAAUGGCUAAGGUCACAAGAAUGUCAAAUGACAAGCGGCAAUGGAUGGCAAUAGCAGUGCUUCUGGUGGUCAUGCUCAUCGUCAUCAUCCUGUUCUUCAUAUGACACUUACGACAUGGCCGUCUCCAGGAUACCAUCUUAACACGCCACACAGAGAAGAGCCACCGAGGUGUGCAAAGUUUCCCCCCUCAUCCAUGUGAAAGACUCCUGAAAGGAAAUGACUCUUUGAGGAAAACAAUCUUGUGUGGAUUAUACAAUGGACCCCUCUGUCAAGGAAUCUCUGUAGGGGUAAUAACUGAUGUACCUGUAUGCUGUAGGAACCAACUACAUUAUGCAAACGCUGCUGCUCGUGUGGUGGAUGAGCUUAUUAUAUUGGACACAAGGCUACCUGCAUGCAGACAGCAUCAAACUGAUUAAGGAUUAGAAGAUAGUACUACGUAUGACGAAUAUGCUUUGAUGUAUUAGGUACUAGUGUUGCACUGAAUUAGUUUUUUAUUUUUCACAGUUGCAGCUCGAAAUGUUUGCCUGUAUGUGCAUGUACAAUGCUUCAAUGAUCAGAGGUACAAGGCUUUAACAGGGAGUAAUUUCAUGCAUUUUAUUACAUGGAAACUAGAUCUGAUAUUGCACAACCUGCUUGAGGAUUCAUCAGGUAUACAGUCAGACCUGUCUUAGUGGCCACCUCUCUAUAAAUGGCACCUGUCGAAAGUGGCAAAGCAUUCCGCCUCCCUCGAGAAUGAAAUGUGUGUCAUAGGACCUGUCUAGAAAGACCAGCUGAUGUACCUAUACACCUCUCUGUAAAGGCCACCUCUCCAUAGUGGUGAAGCAGUUCGCCUCCCUCGAGAAUGAAAUGUGUGUCGUAGAACCUGUCUACAGUGGCCACUCACUCUGUUUCCCUUGGGUGGCCUUAAUAGACAGGUUGGACUGUAUACACAUGCAGAGCUUUGUCUUGUAAUGAGGGGAAACGUAUCUAGACUCUGCAGGUAAUUUUCAGUGUGUUAGAUCCGUGCUGUCUUAAUGACUAUAAUAGAAUACCAUAUUUAUCCAGCGCAUAUCAAACACAUCUAUAUGUCCCUUCGGGUUGUAAUGGAGAGAAGCAAGAAAGACAUAAAGAAUAAAAUAGAGUGAGAUAUAUGCUAAACAUACUUCCUUAUUUCAUCAGUUGAUGUUAGAAAUUGUUUCUAAAAGACUUUUUUUUUUAAGAUGUGUUUUAAAGUUGUCAACGGUAUCACAAAUUUUGAUAUAUCCUAGCAAUUUAUUCUAAAGCUCUGCUGAUGCCACCUGUAAAAAGAGUGUGACCCCUAGAACUUUGUGUUUAUGUGAGGGAUACAUCUUGUUAAUAAUAAUAAUAAUAAUAAUAUUGGAUAUUUAUAUGGCUCACAUAUCGACCCUGCAAGGUGCUCAAAGCGCUCCAAUAUUACCCCGGCUCUGCUAGGAGGGACUUUUAACUACUUAGGAGCUAAUCCUUGGACAUAUACGUCGCUUUCUUGGACAUCGUUUACUCCAGUUUUCCCGUAGAGCAUCCCUUGAAAGAAUUGCAUGUAUGUAGUUAGAGGAGCAUAGAACUUAAGCUAGAGGAGCAUAGAACUUAAGCUAGGAAUAUUAUGAAGUUCAUACAAAGUUAUGAUUGUGUCAGGACCACGUGAAUGAAUCCCAUGAUAUUUGUAAAAUUUAUUGUGAGACCUGUCUGUUCUUUUUCAGUAUUAACACUACAAACAUUGCAUCGGAUUCCGUCCGCGCAGUUUUAUGUUUUUCUUCAUUUUCUUCAUAAGCCUUAAUCCACUGGCCUAUAGAAUGCCGGGUAAAAAAUUUAAUGUUGAAUUCAUACUUUCUAAAUGCUCCUAAAUUAAUUUUGAAGGAGAUUGGUACACUUUUU